AUUUUACGCCAAUUUGCGCUACUAUUGAUUUCUAUCAGUGGGUCGUAUUCGUAUAUACAUACAUAUAUGUUUGUUUGCAGAAAGGAAUUUAUAAGAUAUUUUAUCAAAAAAAACAUUAACAAUAGGAAUCAUGUGAAAUAUACCUAAAAUGGAUAUCCAAAUUUAAUUGAAAAGAAAAAAGAUGUUAAACUGUUCCUCAGCUUAUAAAAAGUCAACAAACGAUAUUAAAGAUAAACCUAAAAUAUGAAUAUAGAACUAGCCAAUUUCGAAUUGAGCUCCGAAGCACUAAUUGGAUCACUAUUGGCAUUAUGUGCAUUAUUUGCUUUAUGUCGGAGUUUGCUGGUGGAGGAUGUAAUAUGUAUUCCUGGGAAGACUAAACACAGCUGGAAGUCUAUCAGAAUAUUGGAAAAGGUAUGUUAUUGCAAUGCUUGUGAAAUUCUCUUGACUCCUUCGGAAGGUGUCUUCUGUAAUUGCUGUGGAAUAUGUACACAUUCUACUAACGAGUGUACGAAAAAAAUUGAUAACAAUUUUCGAUGUAAGGAUAAAUGGCUGCGUCACGAAAAAUCCUUGCGUCAUUUAUGGGUGCGUGGUAAUUUGCCAGUGGGAGGAAUAUGCGCGGUUUGUGAACAUGAAAUCGAUUAUCAUGCCACUGCGGGACUUUUUGGUUGGCGCUGUGCAUGGUGCCAUCGCUGCUAUCAUAAUAAUUGUUACAAGAGUAUAGAUUCUCGUGCUGAAUGUGAUUUGGGUGAAUUUCGGGAUAUGAUUUUUCCACCAUACUGCAUUGUUGCAGCCCGCACACGUGAAUCAAUGCGAUUGCAUUUAGCGGCGAUUAAACCCCCAAACAUUGAAGGUUGGGAGCCGCUUAUAGUUAUUGCAAAUACAAAAUCUGGCAGCAACACCGGUUCAGAUGUUGUAGCAUUGCUUAGAGGAUAUCUGCAUCCGUUGCAGGUCAUGGAGCUAGGAGGACGUGGCCCGCAAGAUGCAAUGCAAUGGGCUGCAAAAGCAAGUCCGCGGCCUUGUCGUAUACUUGUCGCCGGUGGUGAUGGCACCAUUGGAUGGGUACUAAAUACAAUCUAUGCUCUAAACAUAAAGCCUAUACCCUCUGUGGCCAUUAUGCCAUUGGGAACUGGAAACGAUCUUUCUCGUGUGAUGGGUUGGGGGUCAAAACCUCCUCAAACUUUAGAUCCUAUUUCAAUACUUAGAAAUAUCAAGUCUGCGCGCUCUGUAAACCUGGACCGUUUCGAUUUACAAAUAGAAAAACUGUUUUAUCGUUUGCCAAUCCAGCGACAUCCUAUCAAAACGGUACAUAUAUACAAUUACUAUAGUAUUGGAGUGGAUGCUUUGGUAACAUAUAAUUUCCAUAAAACUCGGGAGUCACGAUUUUACCUGUUGAGCAGUCGAAUUUUUAAUAAGUUGAUAUAUUUCGGCUUCGGCACACAACAAAUUGUUCAACGCGAUUGUGAGCACAUUGAACAGAAACUCGACCUAUAUUUGGAUGGCCACCUCGUACAGUUGCCAGAGUUGCAAUCGAUUAUUUUUCUGAAUAUAGAUUCAUGGGGAGCUGGAUGCAAAUUGUGUGAACUCAGUAAUGCAGACGAAAAUAAUAAAGUAGAAAAUUCCAUUUCUGAUGGUAUGAUGGAGGUUUUUGGUUUGGUGUCUUCAUUUCACAUGGCUCAAUUGCAGUGUGGGAUCAGCAAGCCAGUACGCAUUGGACAAGCAAAACAAAUCCGAAUUGUCGUAAAAGCUACUUGCCCUAUGCAAUCAGACGGCGAGCCAUGGAUGCAGCCACCUGCCGAAAUUUACUUACAAUCACGCAGUCAAGCGCGGAUGCUGAAACUGGAAAGCGAAUAAAGUCGGGUGAAACCGGAAAACAUAUACAUAGCAAAUCAAGUUUAGCGUAUAAGUUUAAAUUUGCUUAUCCAAGUAUUUAUGUAUUUAUAUAGUCUCAAAAUGAAUGAAGUUAACGAUCAUAGGCUAUGUGAAAAGAUUCAUAUAUGACAUCCAUAUUCCAUUAACCAUAUUCGCCUAACUUAAGUUUUCAGCCUUUUAAAUCUGAUUUUUUUCGUAUAUUUUCCAUGACGCCAGUUAAACAGUGAAAAUUACUGUUUGCAUUUAUACAAAAAUUUUAAACUUCCAUAACACCACCGUAACCGAGAACCAAUCAAAUAUGGAGGCGAUAAAAUUUAUAAUUUUUAAUAAUUAUGCUCGAAAUCGAAACUGAACAAAUUUUUUUAACUGAUUUGCAUAUUGCAAACUUUUGGAAAACUAAUAUUUUUACCACUAAAACAUGUACUAAUUAAAAAGUGGACCCCAUAAGUAUUUAUUUCGAAAUAAAAUUUGUUUACGCUGCUCCUGCAAAUUAAUUCAUUUGCUUUACGCCUCAAAACAUAAAAA